AUGACGUCAUCGCCAACGUCAUCAUCAUCAUCAACGACGACAACAACAUCAGUUGCAUCUCUUUAUAGCACUAACGCAGCACGUAACGCCGAUGACAUUAACCCUCUCAUCAUUAGCAACAACCCAAACAACAACAACAACAUCAUUAACAACAACAACCACCACCACAACAACAUCAUUAACAACAACAACAACAACAAUUUUUUUUACGAUACAACUAACAAUGACAUUAACAACUGCAAUAUAUAUUUCAACAAUAGCAGCAACAACGGCAACGUGAAUAUCAGUGAUAACAUCAACUUUGAUAGCAUUCUAAAAGACGAAAACCUUAUUAAUGUCACGGCCAAUAGCAGUAUUUUUAAUUGGAUUGCCAACAACAAUAACAACAUCAAUGACAUCAUCAUGAACAACAACGUCAUCAAUAGCGGUAGUAACAGCAGUAACAGCAGUUACAGCAAUGAUGACGUCAACAUCAGCAACAACAACAACAACAACAUUAACUUCAACAACUUCAACAACAACGACAAUAGUAAUAACAAUAAUAACAUCAAUAACAAUAGUAACAAUCAGUUUCUUAACAGCGAAAUUAAUUUUAACUUUUUUACGUCCCACUUUCUUGAGUCUGCAUCGUGA